AUGAGGCCCUCUGCGAAUCUGAGGCGGCAUUCGUCUCUCUCUUUUUCGCGGCUCUGCUUCCCCCGAAUCUCACUUUGCCCUCUUCGUCUGCUUUCAGGAUCUUCGUCUCCCGGUUCGAGUCCUACUUUUUUCGCAGCUUCUCCUGUCCACCCUGCUGCUUCUCUUCCAGCCUCUUCUUCCAUCUCUUCUUCCAUCUCUUCUUCCAUCUCUUCGUCUCCCAGGAGGUCUUUCUCCCCUUUCUCUUCCGACUCGUUCCCCUCUUCUUCCUCCACUCCUUCUCCGUCGUUUCCUUGCGCCUCUUCUCUCGACUUCACUGCCUCAGUUUCGCCUAUCUCUGCUUGCUUGCGGAGGCAACGGGGAGGAAGCAGGCCUUUCAGACGACCUUUGCAUGUAGAGAAACGCGAGAAGGCUGGACGCAGACAUUCUCCUCUCUUUUCGAGAGACUCGAGGCGCGAAACAGGGAGACGGAACGGGGAAGCCGCGGAGGAACUGCAAAAGAGCACCGCAGGCGCGACGCCUUUCGUAGGAAGGACAGCGAGAGACAGGCGAGGGAGAGAUCUGUUCUCUCCUCACGUCGACGCCGGAUCGUCAACGCAGAGACGCGUCUUCUCCAGUCUCCAGUCAGCGCGGCCAGGUCUCCGGAGGACGAAUUCGCCAGCGCAGGCGAACGGCCAGGAGAGAGACCAGUGCCAUAGUGAACGUGAGAGCGACGGAUAUCCGAGAGGAAAGAAGACAGAAAGAUGCGAAAGCGGAGGCGAGAGAGGAGGCGAGACACAGUCGCCGAAGAGACACCCGAGAGCAAGAGAGGAUGUAGACCCCGUGCGUGAGGAGGCCUCCCGCGUUUUGAAGAACCUGCUCAGCGUAACACCGGCGGAAUGGCUGCAUGCGUUGGAGGCCCUUUCGCGCGUGGUGGGAGAGAUGCGGGGCCAGCGAGGCGCGCGAAGGAAACGAGACUCCCAAAUUCGUUUGCAGAUGUUGAUGGAGACAGCAGAGACGCUGCGGAGACAGGUUCGCGCGAGAGAGAAGCAGAAGAAACAGGCGAGAGUCGAGAGAAGAAAAGAGAAGGAAGCAAGAGACCAGGAAGAGAGACUCAACCACGGGAGGCCCGUGUGGAAGAAGCGAGGCGGCAGGGGUGUAGAGACACCGGAAGGCGAAGCUUGCAUGCACAGGUCUUCGACCUCGGUAUCCUUUGGAGUCGACUCGAGCGCGUCAGUCUGUGGCGUUCCUUUCCUCUCACCGCCGUCGUCGCUGCGGCUGCGAGGCGGCCUUCCUCUGGAAGCGCUGCUCUGGAGAUAUCCCCGUUACCUUCCUCACCUCACUCUCAAACAGCUCGUUCGACUUCUUGUCGUCGUCGAGCGCCUCGACUUCCACGACGGACGCUCUCCCCCCUUCGUCGCCUUCCUUCCCUUUCCACCAUCUUGUACUCCAUACUCUUUCCUUCCUGCCUUCCUCGCUUCUUCUGUCUCUCCGUCUCGUCCGAUGUCGGUAUCUCCUGAUUCGUCGCUUGCAGGAGAUUCGUCUGUUGCUUCGGAGUCUCUGCCGGAGUUUCGUUCGUCUGUGGAGGCGCUGCAGUUCGACAUGCGGUCGGUUCUCUUGGGCGCCUUUCUGUACCGGCUUUCGCGGCCUGACUGCGUGCUCUCUCUCGAGGAAGUCUCGCUUGUCGCGCGUUUCUUCGCGAGAGAGAGACUGCCUGACCCUGCGGUUCCGUUCACCUUCUUCUCCUCAGAGAGAAGCCGCGCGAUGCGACACUGCCCGCGCAGCUGCGGAGACGCCCUGCAUGCGUAUGGCGGUGCUGCAGAACUGAGGCCCGGUGGACACAGACCAUCGAGCUCUGCAGGCCACCGCGAAGCCGGGAGAGGACAGCCAGAGCAGGUCUCCGAGGGGGAGUUGGAGGCAGGCGAGUUUCGCCUCGAUGAGAGGCUAAGUCAUGAGGCAGCGAAAAAGAAGGACGACGCGGGCAAGAUAGAGAACAGACAGGAGGUGGAAGCAAGGAAAGACCAAGAAUUCAUGAGAUGGGUCACAACCUCUGAAGGGAAGCCUCUCGUUGUUCGCACUGAAAUCUGCAUGCUUUUCGAACUGUUACUCAAAGCAGCUCAAGCGGCGGUGACGCGAAGUCUUGCGAGACGAGAAAAGGACCAUGAGAGAACAGAGACAAUGUCAAAAGUCGACGGGGGUCAUCAACCCCCCAGUCGAAUCAAGAGAUCGAAUUCUUCCAGUUCUCCUCCCUCUCUUGCUUCUUCUCCUUCGUCUUGCUUUUCCUCUUCUGCGAGCUCAUCAUCUUCUUCGCUCUCUCUCCCCUCUUCUUCGUCUGUCGCUUCUCGGACGACAUGCCUUCCCCCCAUCCACGAAACUCGCGUUUUGCCUCUUCUGGAGGCGUGUGGGAAGCUGCAGUUCGUUUCUCUGCGACGUUUGUACAGUCCUUUGCUUUCACGGAUUUCGCCAGCUCUGAUGGUCUCUCGAUCGCUGCUCAGCUUGUCGAAGACGCUGCACUUCUGCGCGCGACUCGAUCUCUCUCCGGCCUCACAUCCGGACUUUGUUCUCCCUCUGCUGCGGCGAACUGCCUCUCCGGCUUUCUUCGACCUUCUGCACUCUGAGAGGAGCGCGGCAACGGCUCAGGUCGCCGUGGGGGAACUUGCCCUCGCGACCGUGUCACUCGAGAGCGGCUGCGAAGCGAGAAGGAGUCCUGCCCUCUUCGCCGAGAUCAAACUGCUGCAAGAAGAGACCCUCUUCAACUGUCUCCGCGCCGUCACCCUCUACACACAGUGGGAGAAACUCGGGAAGACCGAGGAUCGUGAACUGGAAAGAUUCGUUCCUUGCUCACCGCGAUCUUCUUCUUCUUCUUCUUCUCUCUCGAGGGUGUCGCCCUCCGCUCGCUGUCCGUCUGAAGAGGCUCGUCUUUCUGCGUGCGCCUCGAGCUUCGGCUUGCGUGACUCCGCAGACCAGGACGGCGUCGCGAGCAGCGAACUUGAGACAGGAGAAAAAGGCGGAAGUCAAACGAGCACAGAGAGAGAGACUUCGGGUGUCUUCGCUCGCGGGCGUUUGGGACAGCCCAGUCCGUUUCUUUGCCGGCAGAUCGAGACUGCGGCCUUGGCCAUCGGCUUCGAGUUCCCCCUUCUCGUUGCGAAACUGCAGCAACUGCAGAGAGAGGACGCAGAACAAGAAGAGCAGAAACGCGGAGAAGCGACCGGACGCGCGCCGGAAAGCGACGCGCGAGAAGAGACCCGAGGCCGGCACAGCGAACAACAGGGGGAUCUCGACACCCAGCAUCGUGCUGAACAAGACACAGUUCAGGACACCCAACAUGGAGAAGAACAUGUCGAAGAGUCGUUUUCUGCCUCUGUUUCUGCUGGGCUCUCUGGGUCACCAGCGUCGCUGGAGCCUCCUCUGACUCCGACCUGUUCUUCCCCUGCGCAGUCUCUUUCGUCCGACCGGUCUUCGCCUUCAGCUUCGGCGCCGCCUGCCUCUCCUCGCGCGGUCGCGGCGGACUCUGCGCGUUCCUGCGGAGGAUGGUCACCUGAAGGCGACGGAAGGCGGUCGAUCUUGCAGAUGCUCAAGUACCUUUCGCUCCACAGGUCGACAGAAGACGCACUCGAGGUCCAGAAGGAAAGCAGCGCCCAGCACAGCCAAGUCUCUUCUGCUCUGCGUGCUCUAGGCAUCAGGCACCAAGUCGAGUAUCCCGCUGGGCCGUACCUCCUGGAUGUUGCUUUGGAGGAGGAGGCGAUCUGCAUCGAAAUCGAAGGUCCCCUGCACUUCACGGAUGUGUUUCAGAGGCCGCGCGAAGAAGGGACUCCCGCAAAGAAGACGGGGAGAACCGUCGACGAGCUCGGCGCGCGGGCGAGGGGAAGUCCAGAAAAGAAGGACUCAGAGGACACUGAAGCCUGGAGAGACACAACGUCCGAGAGAGAAAGCCAGGCCGGAGCAGGGAGACACGAACAAACGGAAGCCUUCAGAGAACGCGAGGACGAGGAGGACGCACGCAGCCAGGGGAGAGCGGCGCGAGAAGAACAGACAGAAGGAAGAGAAGAGAGAGAAGAUGAGAGAAGAGAGAGAGAAGGAGAAGUAUUGGAGGAAGACAGACACGAUACGGGGGAAGGCUCUGAAAAGGACGAGAGAAAGACAAUGAGCGGUAGAGAAGGCAGCGACCGAGAAGAGAGAGUGGGAGAGAUAUCGCUCGACAACGCAGGUGUUCCGCAGCUGAGUACACUCCACUACGACAGCAAAACGCGCCUGAAACAUCGAAUUUUAACAGGCGCCGGUUGGCAUGUCCUCCACAUUGCCUGGUUCGAUUGGCCUCGCCGACCUCACAAUCAACAGGCGGCUCUGAUGCAACUCCUCCGAAAGAAUUCCCCGAAUAGCCAAAGGGCCGCAUCGGAAGACGACGAAAGAGAAGAAGAAGAAGAACGGCGAGAGGACAAAGACACAAGGCACGCGGGGGUGAAGGAGCGUUGCGACAGUGAGGUGUGGGCGGUGACUCGCGAGACGAAUGCAGAGGCAAGAGGCAUGGAGGCUCUCAGGGAGAAGUCGCACCCAGCUCAGAGAGAAGCGCCAAAGAGUGGAGGGAAGGCAAGACAGGAAGCGCGCGAGUUCCGGGUCUACAGAAGGCAGUUUUCGGAUCUCCUUUACACAGAACAGGACACAGUUCUGUCUGUAGAAGAGCGCCUGAGAGACGAAGAAAAAGAUUUCGCGACUUGGGUGUCACCGGACCUCUCUAUCGAGUGGCCGGCGCCGGAUCAAGUCCCCAUCUUCCCCGAGGACCGCUGCUGGGGAGACAGCUAG